AUGAGUAAGGAGUUAUCUGAAUUGUUUUUAAAUGCAAUUGAAUAUGAAAAAUCUCAAGACAUCAAACAAACCACUGAAUUAUUGCAAUCAUCUUCGCUGAAAACAUUAGUAUCAUCAGGAUAUGCAAUAUCAAAGCUAAUUUUAGAAAAUAUUAGAAGUGGAAUUGGUGGUAAACUAUUUUUGGAACUAGGACCAGACCAUGCUACUUCUACUGAAAUUGCAGGAGGUAAUAUAAGGACAGGUGACAUUGUUUCUAUUCGUCCUUCAACUUCAAGUUCCAAAGAUAAAAAACAGGCAAAGCUACAGUCCAAUAAACAUCAUAAACCACUCCGCAAUCAUAAAGAUUACAAUAAAUCAGAUGCUGUUCCUAUUGAUGCUGUAGUUGGGGUAGUCACCAAGAUUAAUGAGAAAGUUUUAAUUAUUGCAAUUGAAGAAAAUCAAGAGAAGAAUGCUAUACAAUUAUAUUCUUGUACACGGUUAUAUGUAUUUAAAACUGUUAAUGAUAUUACCUAUAAAAGAAUGGAGUCAACAAUGAGGAAAUUAUCAGAAUUUAAAUUUCUCUCUGAUAAGAAGAUUGUUCAAUACUUAUUGAAUGAAGCACAAUUUAUUAGACAAUCACCAAUUUCAGAUGUUAAAUUUGAAAAUGAUCAAUUAAAUGAAUCACAAAAAACUGCAAUCAAAUUUUCUCUUGCCAAUUCUAUAUCAAUUAUUCAUGGCCCACCCGGAACAGGUAAAACAUAUACAUUAGUUGAGUUAAUCCAACAACUUGUUCAUAGAGGGCAAAGGGUACUUGUGUGUGGCCCAUCUAACAUUUCAGUGGAUACAAUUUUAGAAAGAUUGUCUAAAGUUUUACCACCAGAUUCUUUAUUGCGUAUCGGUCAUCCAGCAAGACUGUUGGAAAAAAAUUUAUCAUAUUCUUUGGACGUUCUGAGCAAAACCGGUGAUUUUGGAUCAAUUCUUAAAGAUAUUCUAAAUGAUAUUGAUAAAACUAUUCGUGAUAUAAGAAAAAUGAAAAAAGAUAAAGAUAGAAGAGAGGGGUGGAAACUAGUCAAAGAACUAAGACAAGAAUUAAAAGAACGUGAAGGCAAGGCAAUUACUGAAUUCAUUUUAAAAUCUAAGGUUAUUGUCGCAACAUUGCAUGGUUCUAGCAGUAGAGAAUUAUGUUCUGUUUAUAAGGAUAUAGGUGAUCGUAAUUUGUUUGACACAUUGAUAAUUGAUGAAGUCUCUCAAAGCUUAGAGCCUCAAUGCUGGAUACCGAUUAUAUCUCACUACAAGUCAGACAUUACCAAAUUGGUUUUGGCAGGUGAUAAUCAGCAAUUAUCACCAACUAUUAAAACGACAGAUAAUUCAAAAAUUAUUAAAACUCUUGGUACAACAUUGUUUGAUAGGCUAGUGAAAAAUUAUGGUGAUCAAUUUAAACUUUUGUUGAAUGUUCAAUACAGAAUGAAUAAGGAUAUCAUGCAAUUCCCAUCAGAACAAAUGUAUGAUAAUAAAUUGGUAGCGGAUGAAUCUGUUUCACGUCUUUUGUUAAAUGAUCUUUCGGGAGUUGAUGAUAAUGAUGAGACCAUGGUGCCUCUGCUAUGGUAUGACACCCAAGGUGACGAAUUUCCAGAAAGUUCAGACGAUGCUGAAAAUGCAGAUAUUAUAUCAUCUAAAUAUAAUGAAGGCGAAGCUUUAAUUGUGAAGGAUCACGUUAUUAAACUAAUGGAUAGCAACAUCAGCCAAGAACAUAUUGGUAUCAUUUCACCAUACAGUGCACAAGUAUCAUAUUUAAAGAAGUUACUGCGUGAAAAAUAUCCCUUAAUCGAAAUACAAACUGUUGAUGGGUUUCAAGGAAGGGAAAAGGAAGUUAUAAUAUUAACUCUUGUAAGAAGUAAUGAAAAAUUUGAAGUCGGUUUCCUCAAAGAGGAAAGAAGAUUAAAUGUGGCGAUGACAAGGCCAAAGAAACAGUUAUGUAUUGUAGGAAAUAUGGAGAUGUUAGAAAGAAGUCGUAAUAAAUAUUUAAAGAAUUGGGCUAAUUGGAAUAGCAAUAAUAGCGAGAUCAGAUAUCCAGAUAUAUCUGAACUAUUAGAAAUAUAUAGUUAA